UUUUGAUUCUCAGGAAUCAAUGGAAACGGCUUCCUCUGCAAUUCUCAACACUCCCCAUACGGCUACUAUUACCGCUAAGCUAUACAGCAUUCAAAGAAAAAAAAUCUCCUCUCUCUCUUACCCCCCUCUCACAACGCCACGAGCUUCGGGCCUUCGGUCUCGCGGGGUGCGAUUCAAUGGCUCCAUCAGUUGCUCCAGUUCCUUAUCCAGCAAGACUCCAAAAAUCCCUUCUCGGCAGCUUGCUCUUCUCUUUGAAACUGAAGGGGUGCUCAUGGAUAUCUAUCGUUUUGGCAAUAGGCAAGCAUUCAAUGCUGCAUUUCAAAAGCUUGGAUUGGACUGUGCAAGUUGGACUCAACCAGUUUAUCUGGAUCUUGUAAAGAAGAGCUCUGGUGAUGAGGAGAGGAUGUUGAUCUUGUACUUUGACAGGAUUGGCUGGCCAACAUCACUACCUACAAACGAGAAGCAAUCUUUUAUAAAAAGAGCUCUGCUAGAAAAGAAAAAUGCACUGGAUGAUCUCAUCAUAUCAAAAACAUUACCAUUAAGACCAGGGGUUGAAGCCUUUAUAGAUGAUGCACUUGAAGAAGGUAUACCCGUGGUCAUGAUGAUGGGCGAUAGUGAAAUAAAGGAAAAUGUAGCAAGAUCCAUUAUUGAAAAGCUUGGAAGUCAAAGAGUGUCAAAGAUGAAGAUAAUUGAAGAUGAGGUGGUAAAACAAAGCUUGUAUGGCCAAUUUGCACUUAGUGAAGGAGUAUCUUCUGAUCUUGGAAAACAAUCAGCUAAUGGAGCUAAUAAAGCAGUGUCUGCUGAAGACUUGAGAAUUACGAAUGAGGUUUCUUCCAUGCUCAAGUCAAGUGCUGAUAUUAGCACAGCUUCGAGUGAAUGCUUUGAAAAUAUUGUGGCUGCUCUGCGCGCAGGGGCUGAGUAUGUAGACACACCUUUAGAUAAGUGCAUUCUUGUUGCUGGAAGUCAAUCUUGGGUUUCUGCAGCUGAGCAAAUUGGCAUGCUUUGUGUUGCUGUCCGAAGCAGCUUGACAGCUAAUGCAGAGUUUCCUGGCGCAAAUGUUGCAAUGGACGGCUUUGGUGGUGAGGAUUUGACCAUUUCUAGGUUAUGCCAAAUUCAAAACUUGUAAUUGUUACUUCUCAUAAGAAUUUCUCGAGUACAAAAAGGGUUUUUGUUGAUGCUACACAUUGGGUAUUGCCUGGACAGUUGGAUCGGGACUGCCCGAGCUUGUAUGACGUCAUGGGCAUUACGGGGAGUUGAUCGUGGUAUGUACCCAACUAGGUAGCAUUAUAUCGGCCUUCUUAAGGAAUAAUUAGAUUUCUUGUUCGUUGUACAGUAAUGCAGUUGAUCGAUUAAUUAUAAUUGGGCAUUUUUGCUGUUUUGCAACCAUCAGUAAUGGUUUACUUUGAUUUAACUAUUGGAUUUGAGUAUGGAUGUCAGGGGUUAUUUUGAAUGGAGUUGGUUAGUCUAUUUAUUCUUCUUCUACUGUUCUACAUAGUUGAUUGGAACAUGGGC